GCACUACGGUAACCAGGGUAACUAAGAGAAGUCUCGCGUGAUGAUCAUGUCUGUCGAGAGGGGUUGAUGCGAGGAAAAGUGGAAAAUCGAAUGAUUGAUGCAUUUGUAAAACGGAUAGUUAGCUAUGUUUCGAUCGCUGCUCGCCAAAUAUUAUAGUAAAACGUAUCAGAAUCGCAGAAUUUCAAUUUAUAGCUUGCAUUUCCCUCCUACGCGGGAGGCAUAAGGCGGCCCUAGGGGGGUUAGUGAUACGGUUAAAUUUUCGCUAGCUAAUUUGGCUAGCCAUGCUAACGCAAGCUGGUUAGCUUUGUUUACAUCAAGUGCGCGCCUGGGAUAUGUUAGCUUAUUGCUAACCAAACAAAUGUGUGAUCUUUGGAGCAGCUCUUCGUCCAGUUAGGCAUCGACUAGGAGACAUCGUUGAAUAGUAAAUAGGCUUUAUGGCUAACAUCGACCAUCUCUCGUGUAAAACGUUUGGCUGAUCUAGUAAGCUAACGCUAGCUUCAUAAUGCUAACCUUUUGAUCAUGGAUCGUUUGAUCAUUUGGUUCAGUGUUAGCUGUUAGGCAGCGUUAGGGAUAAUGUGAGUAAUUAUAAGCUAGGGUCUAAUUGGUCCUAAUUAUCAGGAACUUAAAUUGUGAUUGGAAGGAUCUUGUUGGUGAAUAGUAUCUACUACUAACCGGUUAUGCUAACUUUAGCUCGCCGCCUGCCGAGCUAACUUGCGCGUUUAGUGAUAACCGCUUCAGCAUGUUCGUUGUCUGUUGUUGUGUCUAUUAUUAAUUCAUGUGCCUGCAUUGACACACUGGAGUGGCUGAGUGUUGCUCCACCAGGCCAGUUUAUAUUUCCUCCAUCCACACUGAGACGUGGCUAUCUUUAGCUCCGUCGCAGCGAGUGGCUGGAUUUUGUUUUUGCCCGGGCCGUGUUUCCCUGAGGCUGCGGAGUACACCGCUAUGAACCCCGUUAAUGCAACCGCUCUGUACGUGUCCGCCAGCCGGGCCGUGCUGCAGUGUGACCCACGGCAGCCUCACACCUUCGCAGAGAUGUACACGCUAAUGCCCUUCUUCCGACAGUCCCUCGCAUGCCUUGUCUGUGGUAAACUGCUCCAGGAUCCCAUUUCCCCAACACAUGCAGAGUGUCAGCAUUUUGUCUGUUUGGGCUGUAAAGGCCAGAAGAUGCAGUUAAGGCCGUCAUGCAGCCGCUGUAAGGACUAUUCCUGCUUUCAGGAGAACAAACAGCUCUCUUUGCUGGUGCAAUGCUACAGGAAGCUCUGCCUCUAUGUAACUCAUUCGCCCUUGUUGCAGUCAAUCAGCACCCAUCACGGAGGGUCUUCAGAGGUUAUGGCAUUGCUAGAGGAGGUGGUAAUGUCACACGAAGAGGAGCUAGAGACAGAGGACUUAAGCCUAGCACCGGAAGAUGUGAUUCCAUCUGCCUCUGAGUCCCUUACCCCCACAGAGGCACCACCUGCUCCUGCAGAGCUUUCAGCUGUACCCCAGAGCUCCUCCUCUGACCCUCCCCGUUCCAAUGGACCACAGGAAUGCAAUGGAGAAGUGCUGGAGGACCUAGAGCCUUCUUCUCCUGAGCUGGAAGUAUGCGAGCUAGUAGAGGAGCAGCCACAGGCAGGCCUGUCUGUGUCCAAUACUGGUUGUGGUGGUGUGGAACUGAGUCUGACCACUGGACAUUUAGCCCCAACUCCAGGCACUGUGUGCUCACUCAGGGAUGGGGAAUCUAGCAGCAGGGAGCUGGAGGAGGGGGAGGUGUUGCUCCUCAGUGUGGAGGAGGUGUUACAGACUUUGGAUCCCCUUCAGCCCGGUCGAGAUUCUCCUCAUACACAGCCAGAACGUAUGCACACUCACACGCACAUAACCACGGACAGAGCACACGCUCAAAUGUACAUACAGCUGGACGCAGCUCACAACUACACACAGAUUCAGACAGACAGGACUAACACAGUGACAAGUCAUGGUGCUCACAUACACACAUCCUCCUUCGAGCCUCCUCCGACCUCCAAGCCCCCACCAGUCCGCCUUAAACGUAAACGUUCUCGCUCAGAGAGUGACAGGGAAAAGGUGAAACCCCUUCCUAUCGCCUCCAUCCUACAGGGCCCCUCCUCACAUUUACACACUCCAAACCCCUCUCAGACACCGUACAUGCAUCCACCUACACCCUCCUUAACUGUACCAGCGCACACAUACUCGUCCCUUCCCAACGGGGCGCCUCCCAAGCCCAGUCGCCCUGCGCCGAACCACAAUAAAGGUGCCAGGAAGCAUGUUGAUGCGGGCCCCAAGAAGCCCCAUGCGAAAGCCCGCAGUGGUGGAGGCUCUAAGACCAAGGACGGAAGCAAAGACCAGCGGUUGAUGUCAGGCUGCCUUGUGCCCCCAGCGCCUGUUAGGCCUCCAUAUAAGAAGCCAGUGGAGAAGAAGGGCUGUAAGUGUGGCAGGGCCACCCAGAAUCCAUCUGUGCUGACCUGCAGGGGGCAACGCUGUCCAUGCUACUCAAACCGCAAGGCAUGCUUGGAUUGUAUCUGUCGAGGUUGCCAGAACUCCUACAUGGCCAACGGGGAGAAGAAGCUAGAGGCCUUCGCCGUGCCAGAGAAAGCCUUGGAGCAGACGCGGCUCACACUCGGCAUCAACCUCACCAGCAUCACUGCGGCCGCGGCUCUCCGCAACCCGGCAACCACCAGCAUCCGCACUAACACCCUCCUCAAUGUCGCCACAGCAACGGGGACCCCUGUAACCACGGCCUUCCUGUCCCCCAGCCCCCCGCAAGAGCCCAACUACGAGGACAGCCUGGAGCUGCUGAUUGGAUGAGAGGCUGGGACUCCAAAAAAAAACAGACGGCUUGAUGCUGAUUGAAUGUGACGGCUGAUCAUUGUGUCUGUCAGACAACCUGUACCUUCCCCCCCUUUCAGAGGGGAGGCAAUCUAAGGCAGCUAUGGGUCUGUCCUGUUCUGUAACCUGCUCUUCUUCUGUGUCGGAAAAUGCUGAGUAGUAAGACUAGCAUGGGUGUGCCAAAGCCUCCUGUAUUGUGCCUGUGUGCCGGUGUGUAUUGUUGCCUGUCUGUAGUUAAUCACUUAUACUCGGUUCCAAGGCUGUUCUGUACUCCAGAGGUGCUUUUUGUUCAUAGAUCACAGACAUACUGUAAGAGGCAAUAGGAACCCAUACCAGGUUUUGUGUUUGUCAGUGUGUGCGCACCAUUAUAGAUUUCAGUGUGCGCACGUGUGAUUUCUGGUGCAUAAUGAUAACAAAAACGGCAUAAUCAUAUCUCAAGUCACCUGUCACAGCAUUUUCCAUAUGUGAGUAUUACUCCAUGUAUGUUUAAGAAAUGCAUAAUUGGUGUCAGGACGGCCCUUACUAAUCCUUAACCCUAUAUGUGUUCACAGCUUAAUCGCGAAUGAAUCUUGUAACCAAUCUAUGGAGAAGUUAUGUCCCACACAAGACUCUAUGCCUUUUCUAUCUCAUUGACUCACUCAAUCCAAGUACUGUCGGCCGAUAAUGAAUUUGUCUUAAUGAACUUGACUGAUGCCAGGCAUUGUACAGGCAGCAAGAUAAUGUCAAAGCACUUGGCUGGCUACACGGUUUUCUGUGCGUGUAAGAGUGUGUGAGUGUGUAUGCGAGUGUGUAUGCGCCUGCUGAGAUUUACUGUAAUGUCAGUGGGGAGGCGGAUGGUGGGUUGUAAGCACUUAGUCUGAUUGAUUGGCCAAAUUACAACAAAAACCAUUCUUGGUUACCAUAGCAAUAGGAGCACCAACAAAGAGCCUCCCAGCUUUUGUGCACACAUGCAGUUGUUUACAGUAUUGCCAUUUAUAUAGACUAUAACUGACCGUCUUGUAAAAAUAUUACACCGUUAUGGUUUGAUUAUGGGAUUGUACAUGAAGUGCGUGUGUUUAGAUAAACUGAAGCCAUAGAUUGUCAUUACCAAGACAAAAAUAUCCUCUGCGUGUGCAUUCCCCCACCCCACUCCCCCAGUUGUAGUGUCCCGACUGAUUAGAGACCAACUCAGAAACUAUUUUUGAUACCAAGUGUUAGAGAUUUGGUACCAACUGUCUUUUUUUUUUGUGUUUCGGUUAAAGCACCUUGAAAGCCCUCCUAUAACUCGAGAGGCUGCAUAUUGUCUGUGUUUGUGUUUACUGUCGCAGCUGUAACUACAACAUGUUUGUCAGUCCAGUUAUGGUGACCAAAAAGAGACUGAAGGAGAGAGCGGGAGGAUUCAGGCUGACCAAACUAACACCUUGGUUCUCAAACUCAUAGACCAGGAAGUAGCAGGUGGAUUACAGUAUGAUCAGCAAAUAUGAUCUAUCUUCCUGCGCGUGUGUAUGUUUCAAAAUGUAUUUCUUUUGGGCAUUACUUGAACCCUGAUUAGUUUUUUGGUAUUGUUUUUUUUGUUUUUAUGUAAAAACUCUUGUUUGAGGAGUGACUCUUAUUAUUGCUGAAACAUUCACUGCCAUUAUAUGGAAACAUGUAAUACAACAUGAAUUAAAUGAUAGUUUUUUACUUUUU